CAUGUUCACUUCCAAGACGCCGUGGCGAGGCGCUUUCCUCUUAACUUGACGUGACAUUGAAAAUGCUUGAAAGUUGAAGCUAAAAAAGUCACCACAACUUUGUGAUUAAAUCCACUGCAGUAUGGAGGAGGCCAGGGAGGGGGGCCAGACGUGCCCCCACUGCUUUCGAAGCUUUAGAGGGGCUCAAGGUCCUGCCCAUGAACGUUUUCUUCAGCCCCUCCUCUUGCGUUGUGGCCACACCUUCUGUCAGGGAUGUAUCAGCAAACAAGUGAAGGUUCUCAAGACAAGCAUAGCAUGCCCAACAUGUCAGGUAGUGACCUCUAUGCCAUUAGGUGAAGCUAGUAUCAAGCAGUUACCAGCUAACUACUACAUGCUUGGAUAUGCCACCUGGAACACGAAGCAAGUCAUGGAUAUGUUUGACCAGAAAGUUGAGUUUCAGCCUUCUUCAAAGCUUGAGUACAAAGGGGUACAAUUGGAAGGAGGCAAGGAACUCUGCACUGGUUGUCAUCGUAUCAUAGCCACCUGUCAGUGCCAGCAGUGUGGCGACAUUUAUUGUGCACCUUGCUUUGCACGAUUGCAUCGUGGGUCACGUGCUCUUCAGACGCACCCUUCUAUUCCAUUGAGCACACCCAGGAGUGAAGAGGGAUGCAAGGAGCACGAACGAAGGGAAUUUGAGUUCUUCUGCAAGGAAGACAAGGUACCUAUCUGUGCCUUGUGUGCUCUGAUGGGAAAUCAUAAAGGUCACGACAUUAUACAGCUUUCUGAUCAGGACAAGGAAUCCUUGAAGGAACUAAAGCCAGCCUGUGACAUGGCCAAGGAAGUACUCAAGCACCAGUAUUAUGCUCGACAGAUGGCUAAAGACACAAAGCGAGACAUACACAAGGAGCUUAAUGAUGUUGCUGAUGGCGUCAAGGCUUCAUUUGCUCAUCUCCAUGCUGUCUUACAACUCAGAGAGCAUGCCUUAGUGGAGCAGAUAGUUGGUGUUGCCUCUCAGCAGACCCAGUAUAUAGGUGCCAUGUUGACUAACAUUGAAGGGAAUAUCAGUAUCUUGGAAUCGGCUAUCAUAGAUGCAUUGAUUGGCCUUGGUGAUGACGCUGUUAUUCCUGCCAACAUUACCAAGCUUGUUCAUACCUUACAGUCAUCACAGGCUUUGCCUAAUCACAUAGUGAUUCCCAAAUCAGAACAACAACAACCGCUGAGUUGUUUCACUUACAGCAGUGACACUGUCAGUAGCUUAAUGACAUUUGGGGCAGUCAAAAUCUGCUCAGAGCCAAGAUUAGAACUAAAGACAGAGUCAGAUCUUCCUGAUGACUGGGAAGCACCUGUGAUCAAUGAUGACAUCUUAAACAAUUCAGCUAUCCACAACUACAAGAAGCAGAAAGAACAAAACAAAGCAUUGUCGCCAAGCGGUAAAAGCCAGAAUGCAGCUGUACCAACAAAAGUUGGUGAAACAACCCCAACAGGCAAAGUGAAAGAAAGCAGACUUGUUCGGAGUCAUCUGUCUCCCCGAGGAUCAAAUGUCCUAGGGCGUGAGUUAGUUCGAGUCACCCAUAUUCGCAACCCAUGCUGUUUCUAUAUUCAGCGGGAAUCCGACCAAUCACAACUCAGUAACAUGAUGGUUCGCAUCAACAAAGAUUGCAAAUCCUUCAAGGAAUCUAACAGGUUGCCUGACAACCUGAGUGCUGGUGCUAUGUUGUGCUGUUUAUAUGAAGCUGAUAAGACAUGGUACCGGGUUCGAAUCAAGUCAAUCACUUACCCUGAUCCAGAGGUCAUAUCACCCAUUCCUACACCACCUCAGAGCCCCAAACAAACGCCAACAGAAACCCAAGGAGAAACAGCAACAGGAACUGAGGGGGCCAAUGAGAAUUACCUAGAGGUUGGUUCGGAGGUCGGGUCAGAGACCAGUCAAGAUAUUGUGUUUGAGGUUAAGCCUACUGUGAAACCAGAUGGCAAGCUGGAUGUUAAGCCAAAGGUCAAGGUCAACAAAUCCAAAGUGGAAGUGAUAUACGUGGAUUAUGGAAAUAGCGAAACGGUUCCACUCUCCAGUUUGUGCCGAUUGAAAUCUAAACACCAUAGCAUACCUGACUUGGCCGUGUGUUGCUCAUUGACAGACAUAGUACCAACCCGUAAGUCUGGUCGCUGGUCACUGGAAGCAGUGCAUUCCUUUGCCAACAUGGUUGGGGACAAGCCUGUUUAUAUGAGUAUUCUUGGCCAUUCAGGAGCAACCCUCUACGUGGAUCUUCACAAACCUCCUCUGUUAGAGGUUGAAGAUGACAUGCCCAUAUCCCUCCGAGAUGCUUUGGUUUUCUUGGAACUUGCCUGCUUUGUAUCACCAGAGUCUGUUCCAGAAGCUGCACCCUCUAGAGGGCCUCCUCUGAAGUUCAUUGCAGCAGAUCUUCCAGUUCAAGGCGAGGAGAUCUUAGUCACUGUUAGCCACUUCCAAGAUCCUGAGUGCUUCUGUGUACAAGAGAUUGGAGAAGAUUGUGAAUAUCUGCUAAAGAUGAUGAAGGAUCUUCAAGAAUUCUACAACAGGCCUCUGGAUGAUAGAUGGAACAUUUUGUGCCCGAAGAAAGGAACCAUCUGUGUGGCUCACUUCUCUGAGGAUAAUCAAUGGUCUAGAGCUGAGAUUGUUGAUCUGCCUGGUAGUCAGCAAGUGGAUGUAUUGUAUGUCGACUAUGGCAAUUAUGAAAGAGUUCAUUGCUCCAAAUUACGGAAGAUAUCUAAGAAGUUCCUCAAACUGUGUAUGCAGGCCCUGCCUUGUUCUCUGGCUGACAUUGGUCCCAAGGACCCUGAGAAAGGAUGGACAGCAGAAGAAAACGAUGGAUUUGGUACCAUCGUUCUCACCAAAGCCCUGAGAGCAACUGUCAAAGGUAUCCAAAAAAGGAGGCUGUCAAUCAUUUUAGUUGAAGACAGGCAAGAUAGGGAGAUCAACAUUAAUGCAUUGCUGGUUCAGAAAGGAUUUGCUCAAAGCACUGGACCUGGAUCUGUCAGCGCAGCUAUCAUCUUUGACAUUCCUCACAGUGACUUCUCUGACGACGACACAUUGAAAAAUGAAGGAACACCAUCAACAGAUUCUGGUACUGACACUCAAGCUAGCAUUCCUAAGACUAAUGGAGCUGCUAGACCCUACACUAUCACCUCUCCGUCCAAGUCACAGCCAUCCUCCAAGCUUAGCUCACAAGCUCCAAGCUCACAGUACACAUCAGUUCACAUUAGUCAUGUGGAGUCACCAGCUUGUAUCUACAUUCAACUUUCAACAGCUAGGAAAGAUGGAUUAGACAGCUUACUGGAAACCAUGACGCUGACCUACAAGCAGUUGGAAUCAACGGAAGACAUUGUUUGGCAAGAAGGAGAUUCGUGUAGUGCAUUGCUUAUCAGAGAAGGAGUGUGGUGUAGAGGACGUAUCAAGACAGUGCUACCGGAUGAAAAUGCCAUUAUUCUUUUCACUGACUACGGCAACACAGAGGUUGUGUCAUUCAGCAACAUACGCCCCCUGUUGGCUAAGUUUCAGGAUGAUCCGCCAUUUGCAAUCCAGUGUCACCUUGCUGAUGUCAUACCAGGAGGGGAUAAACAGAAAUGGACCAGGACAGCUUGUGAAUUCCUUGCGGCCACGUUGUCAGACUUAGAAUGUGUCAUAGUCAAGAAGGGUGACCUGCAGAAUGGCUCUCUUCCCAUAGACCUUCUCUAUGAACGUUCCAUUGAAGAGAAACUUGAACAACAGACAACGGAGGAUUUUGGUAGCAUUUCCAAGUUGCUACUUCUUAAAGGACUAGCUUUGCCAGUCAGUAGGCGUGUUCCUGCAAGGUCCUCCACAUCACCACCCUCAGAUCAACAGCUGCCUACAAAGAGUUCCUCACCCCAUAAACCAUCUGACUCCUCAGUGGGUGGUCCCACCUCCAAGUCCCAGGAUAAACCUUCCCAGCAUGCUUCAGCUGGUUCAUCUCCAGGAGUCAGCCCUCAAUUGACUGUUUCACAGUUUGAAUCAGCUGAAGAAGAAGGGGACUUUCCUCGAUAUCUGUUGCCACCAUUACCAACAAGUGGGAGACUUGAUCUGGUGAUCACAUACGUCAGCACUGAUGGAAUUAUCUCGGGAUUGGAAGCCAGCGAAGUUGAUACAUUCCGGGAUGUUAUGGAGAGACUACAAGCAGCCAAUUCCAUAUCUCAGCCGGUGCCGAUGUCUAAAGAUCUGCGAGAAGGACAAGCAGUAUGUGCACAAUUCCAAGAGGAUGGUCUUUGGUAUAGAGCAAGAAUCACAAGGGUGCAUGCAGACGCUGCAGAGGUGCACUAUGUAGAUUUUGGUAAUUCAGAGACUGUCCCUUUCCCAAGCAUCCAUCUGAAACCAUUUAAGUUGGACAUGCCUCAACAGAGCAGAGAUUGUAUUCUAAUUGGUCUUCGACCGAAACCUCCAAGCUCUUCAUGGCCUGUCACAACAAUCCAGUUUCUGUUAGAGACCCUUGUGGAACAGUCAUGCACAGCAUUGAUUAAGUCCCUUUGCAAAAAAGGAGAACCCUUGAAAGUGGAUCUGCUGUUACCAACUGGACAAAGUAUCAACAUGGUUCUUGUAGCAGAGGGAUUAGCUGAAAAUGAAGACAAUGAUGAUGGGAGUGAGAAAAGCUGCCCCUUUUCUGAAGUGGAAGCGUCUAGAGAUGUUGCCACGUUGACACCCAAUGGUAGAGUAGUAUCCCCUGAAAUGGGUGUGGCUAUAGCAGGAUUGGAGGUGGAGUACAAGCCAAUGAGGUUGCCAGCCAAAGGAUCUCAAUUGGCUGUAUCAGUGACACACAUCAACCAGCCAGACAUGGUUUACAUACAACCAUGGGCAGAUCAUCACUUUGGCGAUGGCCCAGUCCAACUGGAGACAUAUCAUCAACUUGCUGAGUUGCAGAGAAUGUCAGCUGACCUAAACAAGAUGGCUCCCACUCUACCAAGUGUCACCAACCCCCAGAUAGGUUUGUGCUGCUGUGCUCUCUACCAAGUCAACCAGCAGUGGUUCCGUACAACAAUUCACCAAGUCAAGUCGACUGAGAAACUUUGUGAAGUCCAGUUUGUGGAUUAUGGCACGACGGAGUGGGUACCAUUUGAAGGGUUACGACAGAUUCCAGAAAAAUUUACCACUUUGCCCAUGCAAGCCCGACAGUGCCAGCUCAUAGGUCUAAAACCACCGUCCCCAUCAGCUGCCUAUGAGGGCGCUACGUUGCCUGACUCUGAUUGGCCAAUGGCUUCAGUUGACAAGUUGCUUGAGCUCGUUUCCAACAAAAAGCUGAUAGCCUCAAUUCAGAAUGAGAGGCCAGUUCCAGGCAUUUUCUUGUAUGAAGCAGAUGAGGUAGCAAACCAAUCUAUGAUGAGUUUGCGGCAGGUUGGAUGUCCGAUUCAUCAAGCACUCAUUGAAGCAGGACUUGCACAGCUGAACCAACCAUUCCCAAGUGAGGCAGACAUUCACGAGUAAUGACACAUUGACCAUCUUGCCAAGUGGACACUGAAACUCAGUGACAGAUGCUGUUGUCGUUAGUGUUUGCCUUGUACAAUGACUCUGCAGACAUGCAGCCUACAGAUGUUAAUAAAUGAUGUCCAUUAAUUCUACUGACUGAUCUGCCAAAUACUUCAAGGAGUUCAAACCAACGGAGAAAUUGGUGCUUAUGGAUGCCUGAUUCAAAGGUAACAACUCACUUGCCAUAGGACUGAUGCACAAUCUUGAGAAUUAUCAUCAGAGGCCAUAAAUGGUAAAUGGUUGAAAACUCUUACAUAGUGAUUACACUUGACUUUAAACAAUCAAACCUUGUCCACAAUUUCACCACAGAAUCAUGCAACUUUUCCAUCUUUUUCCUACAUGAGAUGGUGUAAUCAUUCAAAUUUUUUUAUGUUAAAUCAGCAAGCAACAGUCUUACUCAUUUGGUGUCUGCAGUCUUCAAAGCACUGUAGCUUAUGCUACUGAUGUCAUCCAGCGAGGUGAAAACUUACCUCAUAGGGAGUAAAUGCUGGUGUGCAUGAUACCAUUAAGGUUACGUAUUGCGCCUAGUUUGAUUUGCUUUAUUGGUUUGUUAGCUUUCAGCAUACAUUGCAGAAUCGUUCUUCUUUCUUGUUUCAACCCAGCUUUGAACAUUUUUGUCAAAAUAUAAAGUAAUCACAAGCACUGAUAAUGAGUCAGGAAUCUAUUGAUUUUCUCCCAUUUCAACCUGAGUAAAAAUAUAAAGAAACGCCGAUUUGAAAGAAUGGUUUAAAGUAAAAGACCACUGUGUCUGCUUUGUUAGCCGUGUUGAUGUGGAGAUUUAAGGAAUCCAGAAUCUCACAUUUCCUCACCUGAAUUCAGAGUCCUUCAAUAAUUUUUCUACUUCUCCGGUGCCUAUAAUAUACUGUUUCGUAAAAUGGGCCUGUUUUUAUUUGUCAAGUCGAAGUUGAGACGUGGUAUCAAACACAGCUGAAUCUGCCUCUCAAUAUGGAAUUUUGGCUACAAAAAGCAAAAAUUAAAUCCAAAAGUAUAACUGCUCAGAAAAAAGUAGCUGCGGAUGGUUACUACAACUAUAGUGGUAACAUCCGACUGUUUCUUUUGAUAUUAUGAUAUUUCUUCUGUGUUUAGUGGUCGUUUAUUUAUUUCCAGUAAUUCGGUGUGAAAAAGCUGCAGUGUGCCAAAAAGAUAUUUGUAACCAGAAAUAUUGUCCAGCUAAAAGUUGACACAGUUUAAGUUGUUUAGUAAAGCUUGUUCAAUGGGAGAUACAACUUUUAUAAAGGUUGUAUUAAGCUAGUACGUUCAGUUUCUGGAGGUACGUGAACUAUUACUGUUUUCCUUCAACCUUGCAAAGUAAUUGUUGGAGAUGUUUAUUCAAAAAUAAAAAAAAAUUAAUUCUUCUUUGCUUUUGAAUUUCGGAUCUGAUGGUGUUAGCUGCUGAGAUUUAAAAGAAACACUGUAAUGUUGCAAACGAUUUGCAACUUUCGAAAUUUUAACGAGUAGUUCACACAAAACCGUUAGGAAUUUUUUUCAAUAUAAAUGUAUCUUUCAACGUUACACCGUGGAACUAUUUGGUACAGUAAUGACAAAAUUACACGUUUUUGUUUUGAUAAGCUUUUUAUUCAUCGAACGGCGCAUUAUAUUACUGAAAUUUCUUGUCCAUCAGAAAACGGGAAAGCAGUUUCUUGAAAAGUCUGAGUUCAUUUGUUAAGAUUUGCCAUUCCGGCUGAAGCCUAAAACAUUGAUAGUUGUAAGUACUGUUCUAUCCUGCAGCGCUGCGUUACACAUUGAUGUAUCAAAGUUUUUGUUUCAGUACAUCGUAUGUUUGAAUACACAACUCGUGCACUUAUUUGAUUUGUAUUUUCGGUCUUGUUUUGUUUCUCUGGUAUUUUCUGUGGACUUCAACUAGCAAGCAUUGGUGUUCCUGGUUUUUAGUUGCCCAAGAGAUUCUAGUUUCAUGUCCGUGGUAAUUGGUUCUAAUUUAACAGAAUGUACCCUCUUUCAGUUUCAAAAUUUGUGAUGUUCUUCCCAAUAUUCGCGUUUCUUCGUGAUAGAUAUGUACUUUCUGAGGACGGAAUGAUUAAUAUUUUACUGCUCAUCUUGUCUACUUUA